AUGAAAGUUGAAGGCAAGAGCGAUGAUGCCUCCAAAAAGGCUUCAUUUACCUACAAUGCAGAGCGCGUGCUUGGCAGCGGCUCUUUCGGAGUUGUUUACCAAGCCCAGGUGGUGGAGACUGGCGAAUCUGUUGCCAUCAAGAAGGUUUUCCAGGACAAGCGAUACAAGAACAGAGAACUACAGAUCAUGAAGGAGUUGAAGCACCCGAACGUGGUAGAGCUGAAGCAUGCCUUCUACACGUCUGGAGAAAAGCCUGGUGAAACAUAUCUGAAUGUUGUGAUGGAGUACUGCUCGGACACAGUUUACCGUGUCAUGAAGCACUACAGCAAGAUGAAGCAGCCGGUUCCACACAUCUUCGUCCAGUUGUACAGCUACCAGAUGGGUCGGGCCUGCGCCUACAUCCAUGCCGUUGGGAUUUGCCACCGCGACAUCAAGCCACAGAACUUGCUGGUUGACGGGCACACUCAUGCAUUGAAGUUGUGCGAUUUCGGGUCUGCCAAGCCGCUGGUCAGAGGGGAGCCAAAUGUGGCUUACAUUUGCUCCAGAUACUACCGUGCUCCAGAGCUCAUCUUCGGGGCAACUGAUUAUGGCUUUGUCAUUGACAUUUGGUCAGCAGCCUGUGUCUCCGCAGAGCUCAUUCUUGGUCAUCCCAUGUUCCCUGGCGAGAGCGGAGUUGAUCAGCUGGUCGAGAUCAUCAAGGUGCUUGGCACACCGACUCGGGAGGAGCUCAUGGCCAUGAACCCAAACUACACAGAGUUUAAGUUCCCGCAGAUCAAGCCACACCCGUGGCACAAAGUUUUCAGAUCGCGCACCUCUCAGGAGGCUGUGGACUACAUCUCCAAAUUGCUUGUGUAUGACCCGAAGCUGCGGCCUACCGGGUUGCAGUGUUGCAUGCACGCCUUGUUCGAUGACCUCAGGGACCCCAAUACGCGCAUAAGCAGCUCAAAGCCUCUGCCGGAGCACCUCUUCGUUUUCUCCAAAGAGGAAUUGGCUGCGAUGGAUGCCGACAUGCAGAGGAAGCUCAUCCCUGCUUGGGUAGCCCAGAAGGCUGACAAGGGAAAGACACCUUGA